UUUCUGGGAAGAACAAGAAAAAAAUCAUUUUAAGCCGCAGUUUGCUCAGAGAAAACGAGCGAGGUUUUAAGAGUUUUCUUCAUUUCUUUUCAUCUUAAUGAUGCAGUUUGAAACAUCYUUCMUUAUUGCAUCACUCCUUGUUGUGUUUUUGCAMCACGUAGCAUCAUCAGAACCAAACUUUAUUGAAGAUGAAGAUGGUCUCUAUCUAAAGGCAAAGCACCAGUGGAAGCGAUGCAAAAAAUCGUCUGAUUGUGAUGUAGGUUACACCUGUCGCAGAAGAUGGUGUUACCCAAAGCAUACCUGCAACAUCAAUGCCCAUUGUCCUUCCAACCAAUACUGUGAUACCUCUGACAAUGUAUGUAAACCUGGACAACGAGUGUGUAAGUCACACCAGGAGUGUGGGUAUUACAUGUACUGUAAAAAUGGAAAAUGCACAAACAAAGAGUGUCACUAUUACCGCAGAUGCAGUUAUGGCUCAAAGUGUGUAAAACCAGGAGUUUGUCAGCUAAGGAAGGGUUUCUGCAAGGACCAGUCUCACUGUAGGUCUGAUCAGUGCUGUCUAAAGAGAUACGGCCCUCAUUAUGCUGGAUUAUGCAAGAGCCAUGUUCGUCCCGGUCAAUGGUGCGAUUUAAAGGGURAAUGGAGUUGUCCAUGUGUAAAAGGCUUCACUUGUACUCGUAAGUGGUGGACGUACGGAAAAUGCACACCAGAGCCCACAGAUGAACCUGGAUCGGGAGACAUUGAAGCAUUUUAGCACGUCUAAAACAUGUAAUGUGUUGAGAAUAAACAAAAAGUUGCAAAUAUA